AUGUCAGGCGUACCAGGAGGAAUCGACAAACCCAUACCCAUCGACAAGAAGCACCCUCUCUCGGAAUCCGAUCCAGAACUCGAGUGGAUCCUCCACCAGCUCUCCAGUCAGAUCCAGAAGGCCUACAUCCACAUCUCCUCCAUCGCCGACAGCGCGCCCACCUUUGAGCCCGUCUCGUAUGCUACCCAGGUCGUCGCAGGAACCAACUACUAUGUCAAGUUGAAGGUUACCCAGCAUGGUUGGAAUGGACAGAACUGUGGCGGUGGUAAGGAUGAUGGCAAGGAGUAUUGCCAUGUCAAGAUCUUUCAUCAGGCUUGGACAAAGACGACCGAGCUGACUGGUAUUUCUGUCCGAAAGACCAAUAACGAUCCAUUCGAGUAUGACAUGCCUGCUCCUUGA